CCGCGCGGGACCAACUUUCGCUUCACUCCAUUCCAUUCCACUUUUUUAACUGCUCCAGUUCGCAGUUAUUUAUUUCCCUCGGAAUAAAAACAACAUAUUGCGGACAGAUAAGCCCUCCCCUCAAGCGAAGGAAGAUAAGGGAGAAUGAAGAGAGGCUUGUUUAUUUACAAUUCUUGAAAUCUUUUUAAACUAACAAAGACGGAGAUUUUGACAACUUCGUAAGAUACCAUACUGAAAAAGAUUUAACAGACGUAUUAAUACAAGAAGGCAACCUAUAAGGGAAACGGACCAAGAAGAAGCCGAAGAAAAGAUCAAAUAUUACUUUGGUGGCCUGCAUUGAAAAGGUUAAAAGUAGGAAAGGACGGCCCAGCAGGACAAGGAUAAAGAUGGAAGAAGCCCAACUUAAAAGUGAUAACCCCAAGAAAGCGAUGAUUGAAAAAGACGACUCUUUGCCGAUUCAGAAUAACAUUGUUGAUGUUAAAUUAGACGAACAACAGGAAACGGGCAGUCAUGGUUCUUCAGGCUAUGAUUCUUGCACACUGUCCCCUUUAACUGAUGACUCUAAUUCCCCUUUAACGGAACGAGGAGCUGACAGCGAUGAGGUCGAUGCCGGGCAAGAAAUAAGUGUUGAGGAAAAAACGACCAAGAGUGCAGAAUCAAAGAAACGAAGAGGAAAAACUUUCCCUGUUCUAAUCCCAAUGUCAAAACGGGAAGACUCCCCAUCACCACCAUCAGCCACACCUCUUAAGCCCACAAACUGCACAUCACCAUCAACCCCAGAUGUUGAUUCUUCAUCGGAAAAUGAACUAUCAAAUGUUCCAUUAAGUCAGAGGAUGAAGUCUUUGCAAAAGAAGAAAAUAGUCCCCCGCGCCCCAGUCUUCCGUAAAAAGCAAUCCAAAGCAGACCGAGAUAUUUUGGAGGAAAUGGAGAACCCCAAACCUUCAACUUCAGCACCACUUCGGAGAGAAAUAGAGAGGAAUCGCAGAGCUUUGCUGGCUCAAUCUUCAACUGAAAGUGUAAAACAAAAAUCUUCAUCAGUUAGUUAUCAAAACUAUCGGUCUAACGUUAGGCGAUUCACUCCGAGAAAGAGGGCGCUCAAUGACAAAGUAAGCUACUCCACACCACUGAAAUCUUCUCCUGUCGAAAAAUCUCCAGCACGGGAGGAGGAGGGAAACGAAGAAAUUGAGCUGAAAACAACGCCCACACCUAAUGCCAAGUCCGACCAAAGCGCAAAGAAAAAGUUGAAGUUGACAACAUUAAACAAAAAGGAGGAGGAGGAGAUAAUUGAAGACUCAUUACCACCACCACCAGAGACAACAACAACAGAGAUUCAAUCUCCAAUUCUUAAACCGACUGAACAUUUUUGUAUUGAGCUACUUUUCUUGCAUUCACCGAUUGAAGUUGAUGAAGUCGACGUAGCGCCAUUGAACACGGAUACAACGUUGAAUGACCAGCUAAUAAUUACCCCAUGUUCUUCUCCACCACAAAUUCCUGUACUUACAUUAAUCGCAAAUCCUAUCGAUCCUAUCGAACCAGUGGUGCCAGCGCCAGUCAAAGAAGAAGAAGUGAACCUUGCUGAAUCUUCCGAACAAACCAAACCAUGUAAUCAAGCUGAUAUAGACUUGACCCAGCCUUUCAUAAAACUGACGAGGCUUGAUCAAACGUACAUUGAUCAAAAGACUAAAAGAAAAUCUGCUGAAUCAACUUCAGAAGAAGAAUCAAUAUCUGCGACACACCUGCUAUCCAAUUGUCAAUCAAAUACUGAGAUUAUUUCAACAAUUGUUUCUGGUCAAAAUAAAGAGUCUGAAUCUACUCCCCAAAAGAAGAAGAAACCUCGAGGCAGACCACCAACCAAGAAGACAGAUAAAAAGUUACCCUCCUCCCCAGCAGCGUCAGCGCCGUUACCUCCCAUUUCCUCUCCCAAUAAAAAUGGAAACUCGGGUGCUAGUGUGCCAAUCUUGGGAAAAAGAACCUUGGUACUUAAACUUGAACGCCUUAGUGAAGACGAACUUCCCAAAAAAGUUCUCAAACAGACUCCAGAAUUCAUACUCGAAGAAUACCUUAAGAAACGAAGGGGCAACCGAAAGGUUCAAAAACGUUCUGAGGACAAUGAUGACAUUGAGGUCGAUAUCGAAGCUGUAUCGGAUGAGUCGAGCGAUAUCGUGGAAUCUUCUAAGCAGCCAGAAACAACCCCUAAAUCCAAGAAGACUACUCCACGCAGGAAUAAAAAACAUGUAACUGAGGCCGUUGCUGAUUCAAAAUGGAAGAAUGGGUUUGUCCAUCCGUUCAAUUUGAAAAGCAACAACUCAUCAUCUUGUGAUGAUAAGUCGCCUGAUGAUCCUACGGCAUCUCCCAUUAAAGCGAAUUGGGAACAUAAUAGUUCUCCUGGAACCUCCUCCGUCAACAGCGCUCGUCGACAGUCCAAUAGGAAGAGAUCUAUCAGAUUUGAGAACGGAUUUUUAUACGGCUAAUAAUCAGUUUUGGACGGGGAGAGUACUUUUUCAUUUCUUUAAUUAGCGAUAGAGUAUUCCAUUCUUACUUGACUUUCAAAAUUUCAACUGACAAUAGUGACAAUAUCAGUUUAAUUAACGAUUACUAAAUAUCAACUUAAAAAUUAUAAAAUUAAUUAUUACCUUUAUUUUUUACUACAAAAACGACAUGACUUUGUAGUUAAAUAUUCAUAGCAUUACUAUUCCUGCGACGAGUUGGCCAGUUUAUAUAUGUAUUUCUGUUACAACACUUGACAUAACAUUUACGGUAUGACAUACGCACAUUAUGUAAGAGGUACAAAUAUUUGUACAAAUAUUUUAAUCCGAAAGAUGCAAUACUUACCUAACUCGAUAUAUCAAACACUUUAUUUUUAAUGCUGUGUAUAAAUCUCCUUGUGUAGUUUACAUUAUAAACGGUUCGUUUACUGAGUAUUAUAGAAUAGAAUUGUUUCAAUCGAACGAUCCAAUUUCGUGAAAUGUGUAAAUGAAAUAUUUUGCAAAAAUAAAGGUCACAACUUUUUCGGAAAUAAA